AAGAUAGCGUCGUCGUCGUGGAACAAGCAGAUCAAGGUGUGGAACGCCGAGACCGGCGUCGAGCUGGCCACGAUCACCGGUCACAAGGGAGUCGUGACCCAGGUGCGCUUCACGCACGACGGCCGACACAUUGUGUCGUGCUCGCUCGACAAGACCGUGCGUGUCUUCUCCGCCGACACCUACACCGAGAUUACUGCCAUCAAGGCACAUUCCGGAGGAGUGAACAGCGUGGCCUGCUCGCCCGAUGGAAAGUCGAUUCUUUCGGCCUCGACCGACAAGACCAUCAAGAAGUGGAACUGGGGCACCUGGGACGAGGCGUGCACAUUCUCGGGUCACACCAAUGCCGUCAACCGGGUUGCGUUCUCGCCGGACGGCAGCAGUGUCGUGUCUGGCAGCGACGAUAGGAGCGUCCGAUUAUGGUCGGCCGACGGUUCGCUCAAGGGGACGCUGACCGGCCACAAGGACGGCGUGGCGGCCGUCAGCUUCUCGCACGACGGCAAGCGCGUGGUGUCGUCGUCGCACGACAACAUGAUCAUCGUGUGGGCCGCCACCGGCUCCUUCCACCAGCUCGCCAUCCUCAUCGGUCACACGGGUACGGUGUUCGAUUGCUCGUUCUCGCCGGACGAUAGCAAGAUCGUGUCGGCCUCGUUCGAUCGCACGGUCAAGAUGUGGGAGUGCGACCCAGCGUGGGUGCCCCAGGGGGAGAAGGGCAAGUCGCGCCGCCCGCCCAAGCCCUUCACCAACAUCACCGGCCACACGGCCCGCAUCCUCAAUACG